AUGCCAUCGCCUACGCCGCAGGUGCAAGAACAGUACACUGCCAUAGUGAGCACCAUGUAUGGCCUCUCUGUCAAGCCGGAAACUAUCGGUACGCCUCUAGACAGAUAUCAAGAGAAACCGCAGAAACUGUGCAUGACACCUGUUAAGCACAAAGUAACCUCCGUCCAGACGCCCGUCACACGACUACCAGAUCUCGCCAAAGACCACAACAAGACUCGUGAUGUACUGCGUCAGCGUCAUGCCACAGCACUCCAGGCGGAGUACUCUAACGCUCUCACACCGCACACCGCAACAUUAUACAAGGACUAUACCGCAGUACUCCACGCCGAGAUGUACCGUCCUGACACCGACGAACCAAACUGGGAACUCGUUAUGGCGAUGGAGAAAGCCAUCGCCCGUCAUGAAUAA